AUGGGGCAGCACAGCAGACUAAAAAGAGCAUAUUUAUACAUAAUUAAGGAGUCACUAUAUUUUAGAAGGGCUGUCCUUCUGCAGCCUCUGACUAAGCCAGGGAACCAAAAGGCAUAUUCUCAAGUAGGUCUUUGGGUAAACAUUGCCUCUUUGUUUGUAUCUAUGGUUUGCAGUUGCUCUUUCUUCAGGGCACUUCUUAGUUAUAGAGACACAACAGAGCCCUUUUGUCUUUAUAUUUCCAUGGGGAAACUUGUUCCACUUUUCUUUGGAGUACUUCUCCUAGGAUCCUUUCUAUAUUCAUUUCUAUUUAGUUUCACAUUCAUUGAGUCUGGGUACAUUACAUCUUACUCCAUGUCAACCACAUUCCCAAUUACCAUCGUAGGAAAGGCCUUGCAGUUAUAUUUCACUGAGCAUAUUUGGCCAAUUGGGUGCUUGACAUUCUUGCUGAGUGGGAUAGUCUCUAGUCUAUUUAUAAUUAUUAACAGAACCAAAAGGAUAAAGGGUUAUUACACAUUCUGGUGCAUAUUCACAGGGUGUACAUUAGUGCAGAUUCUAAUGCACAUCACAAGUGACUCAAGUAUAUUUGGUGUUCUAGUCCUAGGAAGGUUUAAAAUGUAG